UCAACGACACCGCCUAUUUAUUAUAUUUGUAAUUAGUUCAGCGAAUUUAAUUGUGUAAUGUGUAAUAAUCAUCUCAUCUUAUGGUGAUCAUUAAUAUUUGUGGAUAAGUUAGGGUGACUUAAAUUUUUCAGGAUCGGUGCUUCGUCACCUUCAUCACAAACUUACGUUAUACCGUGAGUUGAUUGUUCCCUAUUUUGCAAGGACAGAGGAAAUGGAUUUUAAUCAUCAAUGAAUUAAUAACUUCCUGGCCCUUCUUGACUUUUUGUUUGAACUUCAAAUCAAACAUUCUACUGGUAAGUAGAAGAUAUAUAUACACCACAUAUUGUCCACACAUGUGAACAGAUCGCCAGGAUAUCUAAAACAAGAUGUUGAACUGUAAGUGACAGAACUCGCAGAUGUUUCUCAAGAAUUAAUAUGGAAAACGUUAAUCGCUUGGGAGUUUCAAACUCAGGAGUCUUAAACAAUUUAGAUACAAGUGCAUAUACAGACAAUUGUGAAGAAGCAGUACACAAAAAUCUUUCCGAAUAUAGCUGUGAGAUAUGUAAGAAGAUGUUCUCUUCAGAAUAUGAAGUCUUCACACACAAAGAAAUACACAAUAAAGAUACACUUUUUCAUUGUGAGAUAUGCGGGAAAGCUUUCGUCUCUGACAGUGACUUAACAGAACACUUAAGAAGACAUACCGAAGACAAACCGUUUCAUUGUGAAAUUUGUGGGAAAUACUUUGUUUGUAACAGUGUCUUAACAAUACACUCGAGAAUACAUACUGGAGAAAAACCAUAUCACUGUGACAUCUGUGGGAAAUCGUUCUCCGAUAAUUCUAGUCUUGUAGUUCACGAAAGAAUACACACUGGAGAGAAGCCAUAUCAUUGUGAAAUUUGUGGGAAAUCAUUUGUCAAGACUGGUGAUUUAACAAAGCAUAAAAGAAUUCACACUGGAGAAAAACCCUACCUCUGUAAAAUCUGUGGAAACUCUUUCACCUACAGUUCUAGUCUUGCAGUUCACAAACGUAGUCACACUGGAGAAACUCCUUUUUGUUGUGAAAUCUGUGGCAAAUCUUUUGUCUAUAAAAGUGAUUUAACAAAACACAAAAGAAUCCAUACUGGAGAAAAACCUUUCCAUUGUGAAAUCUGUGGGAAGUCUUUCACUCAGAAUUCUAGUUUUGUUAUCCACCAAAGAAUACACAGCGGAGAGAAACCAUAUCGUUGUGAAAUAUGUGGAGAAUAUUUUGUGUCAAACAGUAGGUUAACGAUACACAAAAAAGUACACACUGGAGUAAAACUUUGUAACUGUGAAAUCUGUGGCAAAUCGUUCUCUGAUAAUUCUAGUCUUGUUGUUCACAUCCGUAGUCACACAGGAGAGAAACCGUAUUGUUGUGAGAUAUGCGGAAAAGAUUUUGUCUGUAAUAGUCACUUCAAAAAACACAAAAGAACACAUACCGGAGAAAGACCAUUCCACUGUGAAAUGUGUGGGAAAUCGUUCACUGAUAAUUCUACUCUUGUUGUUCACAUACGAAUACAUACUGGAGAAAAACCAUAUCCUUGUGAAAUAUGUGGGAAAGCUUUUGCCCAGAACAGUGAUGUAAAGAGACACAAAAGAAUUCAUACAGGAGAAAGACCUUAUCACUGUGAAAUGUGUAUGAAAUCUUUCGUCUCCAACAGUGAUUUAACAAAGCAUAAAAAAAUGCACACUGGGAAAUAACUGUUUCAUUAAGAAAGAUCUGAGAAAUCAUAGGUACUAGAGUGGCUAUGUGGUAAGAAGCUUGGUUUCCAACCUCAGGGCUCAGGGUUCAGUCUCACUAUAUGUUAUUUUGGGCAAGUGUCUUCUAUAGCCUCAGGCCAACCAAAGCCUAGUAAGUGGAUUUGGUAGAUGGAAAUUGAAAGAAGCCCAUCUUGUGUGUGCAUGUAUAUAUAUAUAUAUAUAUAUAUAUAUAUAUAUAUAUAUAUUUUUAUAUCGUCGUCGUCGUCGUUUAACGUCCGCUUUCCAUGCUAGCUUGGGUUGGACGAUUUGACUGAGGACUGGUGAAACCAGAUGGCUACACCAGGCUCCAAUCUGAUAUAUAUAAAUAUUUUGUUGACAUGGAGAGAGCCUUAUCUGGUGGCCAGUGUGGAAACUAGAGAUAUAUGAGUGGUUGGUGAGAGUUAUACAAGCCAUGUACAGGGAUGCUGUCAGUAAGGUGAGGGUUGGCAACAAAUAUAGCAAUGAAUUAAGUUUACAAGUAGGGGUUCACCAAGGAUCAGUCCAAUAGCAGAGGAAUUUAAGUUGGGCUGUCCCUGGGAGCUCCUGUAUGCUGAUGACCUUGUUAUUAUAGUUAAAUCAUUACCAGAACUAGUUUGGAGUGUGGAAGGAAGAUCUAGAAUCAAAGGGCCUUAGAGUUAAUUUAGCUAAAAACCAAAGUCUUAAUAAGCUGGAAAGUGGACAAAUCACAAAUCCCUUCAGAUAGAUGGCCCUGCUUGAUAUGUAGAAACUCCAUAAGGUGUACCUGGUGCAAGCUAUAGACUCAUAAGAGGGGCAGCAAUGUCAGAGAAAGGUUAACAGGGAGAAUAGUCUUUGUGUGUGGCAGAUGCACAGGUACAAUAAACACUAGAAAUAUGCAAAAAAUAGACUCCAUCAAAUGCUAGGUGGGGAUUUCUAGAAGUAGUUGAUAACUUCCAUUAUCUUGGUGACCAAGUCAGCAGUGCAAGUAGAUGCUCUGAAAGUGUAGCUGUUAGAAUAAGAAUAGGCUGGGCAAAGUUCAAAGAGCUUCUAUCUUUGUUGGUAACAAAGUGUCUCUUCCUUAGAGUGGAAAGCAGAUUGUAUGAUGCCUGUUUGCAAACAGUCAUGCGUGGGCUGUGACCAUAGAGGACAUGCAAAGGAAUGAAGAUUGUAUGCUUCAGUGAAUGUGCAAUGUCAGUAUGCAUGUAAGACAGAGUGUAAGCAUUUUGAGAAAAACUGGGCAUAAGAAGCAUCAGAUGUGUGCAAGACAUGACUGCACUGAUAUGGUCAUGUGAUGUGCAUGGACGAGGACAGCUGUGUAAAGAAGUGCUGAUCUCCAACCGAGGAGAGAACCUGUGGAAGAGGUGGCCCCAGGAAGACCUGGGAUGAGGUGGUGAAGCAUGAUUUUGGCAUCUUAGGCCUCAUGGAUGCAAUGGCAAGUGACCGAGACCUUUGGCGAUAUGUUGUGCUUGAAAAGACUCAUCAAGCCAUGUGACCGCAUAGUUGUGGCCUAUGUCAGUGGCACAUAGACAAAAAGCACCCAUUACAGUCUCAGAGUGGUUGACGUUAGGAAACGCAUCCAGCUGUAGAAUUCUAUGCCAAAUCAGACUGGAACCUGGUGCAGCUCUCCGGCUUACCAGUUCCAGUCAAACUGUCCAACCCAUGCCAGCAUGGAAAGUGGACAUUAAAUGAUGAUGUAUUUGUGCAUGUGUCUUUGUGUCUGUGUUCUUUUCCCCACCACUACAUUUUGAAAACCGGUACUGGUGUGUUUAUGUUCCCAUGACUUAGUGGUUUGGUAAAAGAGACCAAUAGAAUAAGCACUUGGCUUAACACAAAAAUAAGUACUGAGGUUGAUAUAUUCAACUAAAAAUUCUACAAGGUAGUGUCCCAGCAUGACCACUAAAACACGUGAAACCAAAAAAAUAAUCAUUCAUUAGUAAUUCUAAUUUUGCAGUUGUAAUCUUGAUAUUUCUGAUUAGCAAUAGGGUGACCAGUUGGCAGGACUGUUAGCACACUGGGCAAAAUGCUUUGUGGGAUUUUAUCCAUCUUUACAGUCCAAGUUCAAACUCUGCCAUGGUCAAUUUUGCUUUUCACCCUUUUGGAGUUGAUAAGAUAAAUACCAGUUGAACACUGGGAUCGAUGUAAUCAACUAGUUCACUCCCCCCAAAUUGCAGGCCUUGUGCCAAAAUAUGAAACCAAUAUUUCUGAUUAGAAAAACAUCAAUAAAAUAUUACAGAUGCGAAGUUUGUUGAAAAUUGCUGUCUGUUUUUGUUUAUAAAUGCAUCAGAUUAAACUUCAUUUUCAUAUUGUU